CGAAGGGAUGAGAGUCUAUCGAGGCCCAAUCGGCGGGUCAGUGCUGCCUGCCGGUGCCGGGGACUGACUGGUAUUGAGAAUCCGCUGCAGCGCGUCAGGGGGACCGGACCGUGAACCCGGAGACGGUACACACUGAGGCGAAACGAGACACAGGAUGGAGCGGAUGUCUGAUGAUACACUGAGGCUCAACCUGUUAAAGCGAGGCCUGGAGUCAUCUAGUGAGAGGGAAGAGGCUCUGUCAAAACGCCUGAAGAUGGAGGGUCAUGAGGCCAUGGAGCGCCUGAAGAUGCUGGCACUUCUUAAACGCAAAGACUUAGCUGAUUUAGCUGCCCUAGAAGUCCCAGGUACGCUAGGAGAUGGGAAAGGCCCUGGUGCCAGCUCCAUCCACCACCAAAGUCUAAUGGGUGCUGCAUAUGAGGAGAAGCUGAAUGGAAGUGUAAGACUUGGCAGCCACAGUGUUCAUGUUGGUCAAAGUAAGACUGGGAAGGAAAACAUCAUGGAUGAGCCGGUGGAUAUGAGUGCUGGAAGAAGAUGUGAGGUUGAUCGUGACAGACAAACUCCUUCUCCAGAUGUCAUCAUACUGUCAGACAAUGAGGCGUCCAGUCCCAGAACAACACCUCGCCCCGAAGAGCACAUGCACCAGGCCAACUUGGAAAUGUUCAAGGGAAAAACAGGAGAGGAGCGACAGCAGAUGAUCAAAGCUCUGAGGGAAGAGCUGCGUCUGGAAGAAGCUCGUCUUGUCUUGCUCAAGAAGCUCAGGCAGAGCCAGAUGCAGAAGGAGAACGUGGUGCAAAAGGUUCCAGUGGUCCAGAGCUCUGCAUCUUCUGUUCAACCUCCUCCUAUACACAGCUCUACAGGUAUUGGGAAGCUGCCUGUGAGGCCAGGCUUGCACAACACUGAGCCUCAGAAUCUCCGAACUGCACAGGGUCAUACAGUCAUUCGUUCAGCCAAUACCAACCUGCCUCCGAUGCUGAUAUCCCAGCGAGUGAUAGCCCCUAAUCCAUCCCAACUGCAGGGCCAGAGGGUCUCCUCCAAACCUGGGAUGCCCCGAUCCAGCUCAUCCAGCAUUGCCAAUGCUGUAAACUAUCAGCAGGCCAGCCAGCAGGUGGCAGCUUCCCAGCGCUCCAGCUCCAGUGCCAUGUACAUGAACCUGGCCCACAUGCAAGCAGCAGCAGCAGUCGGGUCCAGUGGUGUGGCGGGGGGUCUCGCUGGAGCUUCAGCUGUCAGCCCUUCCACUAUGUCUGGUUCAGCCAGUGGAGCAGUUAGCUCCAUGGCUGACCAGGCCAGCAGCCAGGCAGCAGCUAAGCUGGCUCUACGGAAGCAGCUGGAAAAAACCUUGCUGGAGAUCCCUCCACCCAAGCCCCCAGCCCCACUGCUCCACUUUCUGCCCUCGGCUGCUAACAGUGAGUUCAUCUACAUGGUGGGCUUGGAAGAAGUGGUGCAAAGUGUGCUGGACAGUCAGGGUAAAUUCAGAGGUUCUUUGGCCCGAAUGGAGCCCUUUUUCUGUGCCCAGUGCAGAACAGACUUCACACCCCACUGGAAGCAAGAGAAGAGUGGCAGAAUCCUCUGUGAGCAGUGCAUGACAUCCAAUCAGAAGAAGGCUCUGAAGGCAGAGCAUACCAACAGACUGAAGAAUGCUUUUGUAAAGGCUCUUCAGCAGGAGCAGGAGAUUGAACAGAGGCUGCAGCAGCAGGCAGCCCUCUCUCCCGGUUCUGCCGCUACUGGCUCCAAUGUCUCCAAGACUGACACGAUGAUUCGACAACAUGCACUGCGCCAGGCCCAGCAGCCUCAGGCUUCUCUACAGCGAGGUCUGUCCAACUCUGCAAGAGGUGUCCUUUCCAACUUUGCUCAAGCCUCCCAGCUGUCUGUGGCUAGCAGCCUUAUGGGAAUGAGCAGUGCCAAGCACUGUGGCAGCAGUGGUGGUGGUAGUAGCAGUAACAGACUGCAGCAUGACAGCCGCCGGCAAAUGUACAACAUCCCAGGGUUAAAUAUUGCCUACCUGAAUCCCGCUGCAGUUGGAGCCCAUAAGACCUCCAGCUUAGCAGACCGUCAGAGAGAGUACCUGUUGGACAUGAUCCCACCUCGGUCCAUAUCACAGUCCAUCACUGGACAAAAAUGAGCCCCUCUAAUAUCUUAUGUGUGUCAGAGGCCAGCCUCGUUUGAUAACUUCCCCCAUUCUGAGGCGGUCCCAGAUCAGCUGAUAUUUCCACCCCACCGAUCCAUCGCAUGCAGUGCCUGUCCGUGUGCCUACCUUAGACCAACCCAUGAGAACCUACCAAGCUGAACAAAAACACAAGCUGUCAGUGCAUCUCAGUUCUUAUUAUAGCAGAAAUCCCCUUCUUCUAUAAUUCCCUUUUAUAAUCACUGGUGGUAGCGCCUAUACUUGCAACUGCCAUUUAAGCUCAAGUUAGUGUAAUUCAUUGUUAGAAUUUGUUUAAGUGUUUGUGUCAUGUUUCUGUUUCUCCAUUGUCUACCUUUCCAGUCAUUGUCAAGUUAGUGUGAUCAUUAGAUUUUUUUUCUCUUGCAAAGAGACUAUUGAUAAGAACAGAAGAUCAACAGGGUUAACUCUGGUUGCUAUGCAACAAAACAUUUAAUUACUUUAAAAUGUGUAAACCUGGUUAGUUUUCUAACUUGUAUUUAAAGAAAGUAAAAAAUUGUUAGGAACAAAAACCGGUAAUAUUAGACUGUGCUUGCUCUUGAAAGACUAUGCUGUUCAAAGAAUUGCAAAUUCGAGACCAAAGUGCUCACCAUGGAUCAUCUCAGUGACCUGCUUCAAGAGCAUCAUCAAAGAGUCAUCACAAUUCACACCCAAAGCCGAUUUCAGCCUGAAGUUAAGAAAAACAACUUGAAAUUUUGAGUAGGUCCCUGACUAACAUCAAAACCCAUCAACUGAAAUUAACUGGCAAACGGUGAAAUUAUGUACAAAAGAGAACUCAACUUCGGAUGUUUUUACCACCAUUCUUCAGUAAGGGAUUUCCUUUCCUUCAUUUGAGAUGUCAGUCUCUGCUGUUACAGAUCUGUUGCUUACAAGUGGUGUAGGACAUGCUGUUAUCAGCUGCAUCAGAAAAAGCAGGCUGUGGGCUGAUGGAGCAGAAGACAGAGGUGCCUAGUGUUCAGGUGUCCUCAUUGUUUCCCACCCGCCAGCAGCCCCUUCCACCCAGUCAUUCUUCAUACGGUUGCCCCCUCAAUAUUCACAUAGUAAACUCUUUUAUCCCCAACAAUUCCUUUUGGCUUCUUUGAGAGUGUACAAAACAUAGAACCCCAGUCUGGAGCCAGAUCACAGAUUAUGUACCUGAAAUCUCUAAAUCUGAGUUCUGGUUCCAGUAUGUGUUUUUGCUUUUUUGUUCUGCUUUCCCAUUCUUUUUAGUUACUUUUUUUUUGCGGCGUCUCCGAAUGAUUUGGUGGCCUACCUGAGAGGUAUCAGCUGCUGGAGACGAUAAUAAUAAAAAACAUUAUCUGUUCAAAAAUCUAUAGAUUGUGUAAAGAUACAUAGCUUCAGAAAAUAAAGGGUGUGGAUGUUUUGCAGGAGAGACACGGAUCAAUCGUUGUGUGCACGCUGUGCUCACAAGUUGCCUCACUCCAGAGGAGCACUUUUCAUGUUUCCAAAUGGAAAUUUUGUUUGUUUUUUGGUAAAGAGGAAAUGAAUGUUGGAAUUGAAAGUAACCAUGGUCUGGGUACUGAUUGACCGUUGAACAAUGAGUCAGUCGAGAUGUUCUCGUCAUUACAGGAUACAUUGAUGUGGACUGAAUUGCAUAUGCAUUUUUCAAUGCUGAUUUGUUUAAAUGUGUAUAUAUAUAUAUAUAUAUAUAUAUAUAUAUAUGUAUAUAUAUAUAUGUGUGUGUGUCAGUGUGUCUAUGUAUAUAUAUAUUUAUAUAUAUCUAUAUAUAGAUAUAUAUAUAUAUUAUACACACACACACAUAGUGACCAGGACAUGGACUCUGCAGGCACGGGUUGACCUUUUUGAUUUUCAAAUUCUUGUCUGUGCAAAGAUCUCCAACAUGGAGGUGCAGUCUUGUGUUUUCUGUGACAGAUGGUCUUGUUGUAAGGAAACCUUUACAGUGAAGGCUUUUGCAUGGUUUCAGUUGGGACUGUGUCGAUUCCAGGUCCCGAUGGUUCCUGCACUACCAGUCUUGACUACAAUUUCUUAUCUGGAAUUUAUGGCUUUUUUUUUAACCUGAGCUAUGACUUGUACAUUUUUUUUUUUAUAAAACUCUUUGCACAGUAUUUUCUUUAAAGUGUCCAUGUUUUGUUAAUUCUAAUUGUGGUUAUAUUUGCACACUUUGUUUGCAGGGUCUUUAGCCCCACAUUUUAAAUGAGAAUCUGUAAUGUGCCCGUGUAGUUGCCGCAUGUUCCGUAUUCACACUUUAGGAACUUUCAGAGGACUUUAGAAACUCUCAGAGAUAAUGAAAAUGUUUGUUGCACAGGACUUCGCAGUGAAGUGGACACUGAAAUCUGCCUGUUAGACUGUCCAGGCCACCUGACUGAAACUGUCGUAACCAUUGUGCUUAGUCAGUUUGCAGUUACUCAGGUAUUUCGAGCAGUGUUCACUCAGUGUGCAGUAUUAUUGAUGGAUAUGGUUACCCCUUGACACAGAGACGUGCGUAUAAGGUCAUUUUGAGUUGGAGGUUCGUGCAGUUCACACUGAGUACUUUGAGUUGACAAACACACUUCCUAAGCCUUAUUUUAACAUUCUAUAAUCUUCAGUCAUCUUGGAAAUCUGACCUUAAUGAAAGCAAAAACACUUGAAAUGUGUUUAAAGGCUUACUCAUAUUAAAACUCUUAUCCAUCUCAGCAUCAAGAUAGGCACACAUAAGCUAUUAAAGUAUACAACUGUGAUACAUGAGAGCAAGCUGUCUUUCACUUUCUGGACAAAAUCAGUGUUUCUAACCCGCUGUUUCUGUUUCUCAGUUAUUCCUUUGUAUAUUUAUUUCCAUAAUAUCUGCUUGCCCAGUUUAUAAUAAUAUAUUAAGUUCCAUUACAAUAUUUUGAUGUUGGUCUUCCAUACCUCCUUUUGUCUUCACUUUAUGCAAACAGCCACCUUCAUUUCGUCUGACAUGUUUUCCAGAUCUUUUCAUGUGCAUUUCUGUAGGGCCACUUAACAAAAAUCCUCUCAGGGUGCUCUACACAGAGUCGGUGUAGUUCAGUACAAUGCACCUUUACAGUUCAAUAAAUACAGUCAGUUAAAAUUCAGUUUACAGAAUUAUCCCAGUUCAGUCUAGUUUAUUUAUAUGCCACUAGCUCGCAAUAAAUUUCAUGUCCAGGCAGACAAAAGGGAGAAUUCAUAUCCAAAUUUGUCUAAAUUCAGUUCAAAUCAAUGCAGUUUAUUCCAAUCCAAUUGCAUAGUAAGGUUCAAUUUCAGUUACUAUACACAUCCAUAUUGAUUUGAAACUAAUCCAUUUGAUCAUAAAAUGUCAUUUGGCAUAAAAAAGAUUUCAGUAAGUCCAAGUCGAUGACGUCUAGUCAUUGACUUUGCAGCAGUUCCUCCUGAGCCACAGUAAAAAUGAACAGUUCCAAUUUUACCAAAAGAAACUAGAACUCAGUUUGAAUGUCCACCUGGUCCAACUGGCCAGGAGUUUAAGCCCCAGUCCAGGAGUACUUUCAAGGGAAACAAAGAUUUUAAUGGUAGCAAUCGCUCCAUUAAUGACUGUUUUAAGCAUGCAAUUGUUUAUACACAGUCACUGCUCCAGGUGUAUAUUCUGUGGAGAGAUAAAAACUGGUAGAUUGAAGCCAAACUUUCAAACCAUUCUAAAGUAAGGGUAAGUACCCAGGGGCCUAAGCCUGAGCCACUCUUAACUAUAAGCUUUAUCAUAAAGAAGGCUAUAGGCCUAGUUUUAAAAGUAAAUUAGGUGUCUGCCUUGUGGACAAAAACAAGGGCAGACUGAUAAAUGAACCUUUAUUCUUUAGGGGAAGUACUCUGUUGUAUGGAACAAUUAGAACUUUAAUAAUAGAGCUCCAUUGUUGAGAGUUUUAUGUGUAAGAAGAAGAACAAUUUUAAAUUAUGUUCUUCAUUUAACAAGGAGCAGGUGAAGUGAAACUAAAAUUGGAGAUAUGUUUUCUUUUUUACUUUUGCUGCAGCGUUUUGGAUGAGCUGAAGACGUUUACCUUUUUUUGGCCUUCCUAAUAAUAGAGAAUUGUAGUAGUUCAGCCAUGGCCUAGUUUUUCUGGACCACUGUGGUGAUUUCAAAUUUUGGCAAUUUUGUACAUGAGUAUCAUUAACAUGCAAUAUUUGACAUGUAUCCCAUGCUGUCUGAUAAUUUUACCAACUUGUAGCAUAUUUGUAGUAAAGAGAAAUGACCCAAACACCAAAGCCUGUUUUAUUUCACAACAAACCUUUUCGCGCAAAGAUGUUAUUUCGUUAACACAAACUGGAUUCUGUCAGACAAGUGUAAUCCAGACCAGCCAGAUACUGUUCUCCUGUUUCCCACAGCAUGUUUAAGAUGCUGUAAACAUUGUUUUUUUUUGUUACCAAAUUAAAGCCCUUUUUUAAUUAGUCUAAUCAGAAUCCCAGCCAAUUGUAAUUGUAUUUAAAGAGACAAUGAUGUUUUUUUAUUGGAGUUUGAUUGAGAAGUGGAAAAGUGAAUGGAAAAGUGGGCCCCUGACGAGAUGUCUCCAUUUACAAAAACAUAAGCACUGUUCAUGCAAACAGCAUUUUAGAAAUCUUCCCACCACUGUCACUCUGGCACUACAAAGUGAUGGCCAUAGAAGGUAUAUUUACACAGAAGAAUGCAUCCAAUUUUAGGUACUGCCUUAGGCCUCUUACACAUAGAAGGUAGUGGGUGCAGUGAAUUGCUGUAAAACCCAUUAUUGUGUAUAUGUUGCUUGAUGCUAGGGGACUGUGCCGAGCUGUUAAACAAUGUUUAACUUUGACACAUCUCUCUUGUGAGAACAUAUAAUUUUGGCUCCUCAAAUCAUAGAUAACAUGGUGAUAUAUUCACAAAGACAAAAGAUGGAAGAGUAGCUACCAGUGUCUCAGUAUCUGGAGCUUUUGCCACAAGAUUAAAAACAUUGUGAUCUAAACAAACGGCAGUGCUUCGGAUGGACAUAUUCAACAAUUUAGAAGUGAAAUGUGUAUUUAAAAAACUAUUUUACAAAAAAUUAUUUGCUAAUACAAUCUGCUUUCCUUGCAAUCAAUUUAUUCUGGUAUCAGUGAACACAAUGCUUCUGGAAAUGAUGAUACUUUUGCCAACGACUGAUGUCCUUUUUAAAAUAUUGGGGUCCUUUGUUUCCCUUGCUCAGUGCUCUUCUAUCUUGCAUCUGGCUCUAACUCUAAAUCAAGCACAGCUUAUGGCACUUCCUAUUUGAAAGCAUCCUCGCUCUUACAUCAGAUAGUUGACCUGGCUGGGUAUGCCUGUUUUCAGAAUGUGAUUUAAAGUGGGAUUCUUUUCCAAAGGUAAGAUCAUCACAAUCCAUGGCCCCUCAUUAGAACAAGUCAAGCAAAUCUAGACUAUCUCCUUAAUGCUUCCAAAGCUGUAGAGUUAAAACUGAUUGAAGUAAGCCUAACACUUGGUAAACAAGUGAAUGAAGUACCACUUCUGCUUGACUCUUUUAAUGCUGUUAUGUUCAUUGCUGUUUUCUUUCAUACAAUACAGUAAUGUCCUAUUUACCAAAACAUCUGUCCAAUUAUACCAGGCUCCACCAGCUCUCAUGAAGGUUCUAAUUGGAACAUCAACCAUAUCUCAGAUAUAGAAGGUUAUGUUUAGUUUUUUUUUUUUUUUUUUUGGUUACUAUUUGUAAUGUGGCCAUUUGUUGCAGCUCUUUGUAUCACAGCAGCUGCACUAUACACAUUGCUUGGGUAUGCUUGAUAUAUUUUUCAGGCAGACCUUCACAUGAAUUCUGGUUGUGUUGUAGUAAUUCAGUCCUGCCAGUGCCUGCACCACAUUUAUGCUGAAAUGAAGAAUUAGGACUAUCUCUUUUUUAAAUUACCACUUUUCACUUUUAAGUUCUCCUUGACUUAAUUUUUAUUAAAUAUAUUUUUUUCCAGUUGGAGGAACAGUUUAAACUGUAUGUAGCAAUGUUGUUUCCCAAAUCUUCGCUAUCUGGGGCAUUCUUUGACUACACGAUACGAUGUGACACAGUUUGUGUUUUAGUUCUGCCGCCAAAUGUAAAGUUGAAUUUGGGGAAGAAAAAAAACCUGUCUGUUAUACCUUUCUGCAGAUGCAUCCAUGUACUUUUAUAUUUGGGCGAAUUUUUUUCAGCUACAAGGUUUUUAGAUUUCUGAAAUCAUUUUUAUUCUGAUGUCUUGACUAAGUUCAGUUUUCUGUUUAUUGCGGUUAAAAAAACGUAAAUGUAUUGACUUGAAAUAAAUCACACAAUAUUUGCUAGGUUUGAAGUAAUAACUUACUGUACAGAAGCAUUUUCCUCCCUUGUACUGAAAAAUAAAUUAAAUGGGUGUACAUUGUGUAGAAAAGCAAACAAAAAGCCAUGAAUAUUGUGAAGCUUGUCAUUUUGUUUUGUGAUCACUGUGUAUUAUUGUGUAACAAAUGUGCAAAAUGUUAGGGAUUCCCCUUUACCCCACCCAUGUGGUCUUGCUAGAUGCACCUGCUUGAUUUUUGGAUUUUAGGAAUUUUGGACUUAAGUUUGCAGUGAAGUGUUUACUGAUUCAGGUGAACAACAUUUGAAUUCUAAGACUGAGCUUUUGAAGCAUUAUAACUUGAUGUGUAAAAUAAGGCUGGAAUGGAAGUUUUUAUUUCAAUUACAAUUCUUGUUUGAACAUGUUGUAAAGGAGCAUUUAUUAUACCUGUUAAAAAGCUUAUAAUACCAUGAGGUCUCUACAUUAGUGAAACUCCAGCCUGCUCAAACAAGAGGUUUUCAUGCUAAACGAUUGUGACCUGAGAGGAGCUCAUCCUGAAUCAUGGAUCACUUUUUCUGCCAAUACCAGCAAACAACAGUAGUGGUCCUGCACUCUUUGACUUUCAUCUUUUGGUUGUUGUUGCUUAUGCUGGAAAAAUUUACACUGCAGAAUCUAGUUCAUCAAAUAUUUUAUUUGCAUUGUGGUGAUAAUGUUGAAACAGAUAUUGAAAUCAACCAGAGACUAACUGAAGACAUUUUUUGUUUUGCUUACAUCAAUCCUGACCUUUUGCACAUACUUGAUAUUUAACUAUCUUCAAAGGUAAACGAAAAUAAUGCUGUUUGAAUACUGCCAGUUGAUUGACAAUUAUGCAUUGAUUGAAAAAAUAAGCUAAUUUUGGAGGAAAUAACUUUGUAAUAUUUAUCUCUUGCAAGCUAUGUUUAAUAAAGGUUGAAACAAUUUGCUUCAAA